AUGGGUAUUCGUAUGGAUAUCUGUGACAGGACUGGUCCUAGGGGAUUCAACUUGUUUCUUGUUGCUGCUCAUGAGUUGGGCCAUGUACUAGGUCUCCCCCAUUCUGCUGAUCCGAGGGCCUUGAUGUUUCCCAGUUAUGCCUAUUUCAAAGUUUAAGAUUUUCCUCUCUCUCAAGAUGACAUUAUUCACAUUCAGGCCAUUUAUGGGCCCCGGUCAUUCUUUCCAGUUAAAUCAUCUAAAGUCUGUGGCUCCAAGGUGUCUUUUAGUGCUAUCACAACAUUACGCAGAGAAGUCAUGUUUGUGAAAGGCAGGUAUUUAUGGAGAGUCUAUCCUGAUACCUUUGAAGUUGAACUUGAAUUAAUUUCUACAUUCUUGCCCUUUCUUCCAUUUGGUAUUCAAGCUGCUUAUGAAAAUACUAAAGAUCAGACUCUAUUUUUCAAAGGCAAUAAUUUCUGGGUUAUCAGUGGGUAUCAGGAGCUGCCUGGUUAUCCUAAGAAUAUCAGCACAUUGGGUUUCCCAAGCAGUGUUAAGAAAAUUGAUGCAGAAAAGAACACAGGGAAAACGGACUUUUUUGUAGGUGACAAGUAUUGGAGGUAUGAUGAAAACAGUCAAACCAUGAAAAGAGGUUAUCCACGAAGAAUAGUAGAUGACUUUCCAGGAAUUGGCAGUAAAGUUGAUGCUGUUUUCCAGUAUAAAGGACUCCUUUACUUUUUCUAUAGAUCAAAGCAGUGGGAAUUCAACCCUAAUACUAACAAUGUUGUUCGUGAGCUGAAGAGCAACAGCUGGUUUCACUGUUAA